ACAUUUUUGUAUCGCGCCAGAUAGUCGUCCCUCUAGUCGUGUGGGCCGCCUCUGGCUCGCCCUGAAUUCCUUUUCUAUUUUGGAGUUGUCCGUCCUUUUGCCCAGUCAGUAGACAAGUUCAAGUGACCCACACGGACAGGGGGACAUUAGUAAUGUAAGCUAAACGGUUUGCCUAACAAAAGGCUGAGACGGCCUGAACAAUCGCCUUUUGAGCCUCCACUUUUCUAUGGUAUUAACUGUUGAGUUAGAGGACAUUUUCAUAGCAUUUCGCAUACUAAAAUGAUUUUUGGUCUCCGCUUUCGGCGCUACAAAUAGUUCAGUCUCGACCCGCAGCGCCCGACGGGAGAGGAAAGGGGCGGCUGCCAUGUUGGACGGAACCAUAGCCUGCCACACACGGGGUGGUCAAUGCUCCCAUGAGUUUACUGAUGGAUAGAAACAACCUUGACGAAUGGGAUUAAACACUUUCGUGUCACAAAAAUGUCAGUUCGGUGAUUUUCGGACGCGGUCCUGCGGAUGUAAGUCCUCUUAGUCUCAUAAUGAGGGCCCAAGGCGUGGGUGCGCCCCCCGCCCUGCGGCCUUGGUGUGGCCUCCCGGUCGCACGCACAUGGCUGGGCUGUAGCCGGCGCGGCGCGCGGUGCGGCCUGGGAGUCGGAAGCGCGGUGGCCGCGGAGCUCUGCGGGGAGGCAGCGUUGGGCCCAUGCAGGACGCGGAGAACGUGGUGGUGCCUGAGGCCGCCGAGGAGCGCGCCGAGCCCGGCCAGCAGCAGCCGGCCGCCGAGCCGCCGCCAGCCGCGGGGCUGCCGCGGCCCGCGGGGCCUGGCGCUCCGGAGGCGGCAGGGACCGAGGCGGUCAGUGAGGAGGUGGCGGCCGCCGAGGCCGGACCGGAGCCCGAGGUGAGGACCGAGGUGGAGGCGGCCUCCGGCCCAUCCAAGUCGCCUUCGCCGUCGGCCGCCGAGGAGCCGCCCGGGUCGCAUGCCGAGCCCCGAGCCCCGGCACAGGAAGAGGCCCGGGGGAAACAGGUCCGGGACGAGCGCGCCGACAGCCGAGCCCAGGCGGCGUCUGAGGACGCUGGAGGAAACGAGGGCAGCGCGGCCGAGGCCGAGCCCCGGGCGCUAGAGAACGGCGACGCGGACGAGCCCUCUUUCAGCGACCCCGAGGAUUUCGUGGACGACGUGAGCGAGGAAGAAUUACUGGGAGAUGUACUCAAAGAUCGACCCCAGGAAGCAGAUGGAAUUGAUUCGGUGAUUGUAGUGGACAAUGUCCCUCAGGUAGGACCUGACCGACUUGAGAAACUCAAAAAUGUCAUCCACAAGAUCUUUUCCAAGUUUGGGAAAAUCACAAAUGAUUUUUAUCCUGAAGAGGAUGGAAAGACAAAAGGGUAUAUUUUCCUGGAGUAUGCAUCCCCUGCCCAUGCUGUGGAUGCUGUAAAGAACGCUGACGGCUACAAGCUGGACAAGCAGCACACGUUCCGGGUCAACCUUUUCACGGAUUUUGACAAGUAUAUGACCAUCAGUGAUGAGUGGGAUAUUCCAGAGAAACAGCCUUUCAAAGACCUGGGGAAUUUACGUUACUGGCUUGAAGAGGCAGAAUGCAGAGAUCAGUAUAGUGUGAUUUUUGAGAGUGGAGACCGCACUUCCAUAUUCUGGAAUGACGUGAAAGACCCUGUCUCAAUUGAAGAAAGAGCGAGAUGGACAGAGACAUAUGUGCGUUGGUCUCCUAAGGGCACCUACCUGGCUACCUUUCAUCAAAGAGGCAUUGCUUUAUGGGGGGGAGAGAAAUUCAAGCAGAUUCAGAGAUUCAGUCACCAAGGGGUUCAGCUCAUUGAUUUCUCACCUUGUGAAAGGUACCUGGUGACCUUUAGCCCCCUGAUGGACACGCAGGAUGACCCUCAGGCCAUAAUCAUCUGGGACAUCCUUACGGGGCACAAGAAGAGAGGUUUUCACUGUGAGAGCUCAGCCCAUUGGCCUAUUUUUAAGUGGAGCCAUGAUGGUAAAUUCUUUGCCAGAAUGACCCUGGAUACACUUAGCAUCUAUGAAACUCCUUCUAUGGGUCUUCUAGACAAGAAGAGUUUGAAGAUCUCUGGGAUAAAAGACUUUUCUUGGUCUCCUGGUGGUAACAUAAUAGCCUUCUGGGUGCCUGAAGACAAAGAUAUUCCAGCCAGGGUAACCCUGAUGCAGCUGCCUACCAGGCAAGAGAUCCGAGUGAGGAACCUGUUCAAUGUGGUGGAUUGCAAGCUGCAUUGGCAGAAGAAUGGAGACUACUUGUGUGUGAAAGUAGACAGGACUCCGAAAGGCACCCAGGGUGUUGUCACAAAUUUUGAAAUUUUCCGAAUGAGGGAAAAACAGGUACCCGUGGAUGUGGUCGAAAUGAAAGAAACCAUCAUAGCCUUUGCCUGGGAACCUAAUGGAAGUAAAUUUGCUGUGUUGCAUGGAGAGGCUCCGCGGAUAUCUGUAUCUUUCUACCAUGUCAAAAACAACGGGAAGAUUGAACUCAUUAGUAAGUAGCCUGGUCCCUUUCCUUUUCUGAACAGGUCAGACAGAUAAGGACACAGUCGCCCAGCAGUGAGUGUUUGACUGGCUUAGGACCACUGCUGGGCAGGACUCACCUGGGAAUGGGGGCCCAGU